ACGACUGACGUGAUCAAAGCAUUACACGAAGAGCAGAAGGGAGGAAUCAGGCAUUGGGUACUGUACUUGAUGGAAGGUGCCCAAGAUCAGAAAGGGUCCCAAGAGACCGACCUAGAGCAGGAGGUACAAACUACUUCAGGAGGUGACUUCAUCUGGCAAAGCUUGCCGGCACAAUAAGCGCUCUUUCGGAUAUGUGCAUUUCUUUGAGUCUGCGCACACAUUUUAUGAAACUUCGAAUAUUCCCUGCGAUUGUGUUCUCGAUCCCCAUUCGAAUUCAAUCUGGUCGAUUGUCCGCCAUUUUCGGAUGUUCAAGACAAGUCAGGAAUGCAUAUUUUCUGGCUGACCUUCUUGUCCGCUAGUGGCAUCCACCUUCACUUCACAUGCGCGAAGUGUUGCUCGAUGCCAGACCAUCAGAGAAGCCGCUCCAUUUUCAGACUGCAGACCCGAAGCGAGUCACAUUCUGUCGUCGGCUCAAACGAACAGUAGCGGGAAAAUACGGAGGUCUCGAAGCUGCGGCAACGAGCAACGAGCUCGGAGCUCGCUGGAUAAAACAUGGCCCAGGACACAAAUCCACCGGCGAAUGAGAAUAUUUACCGAGUAACUCGAAGGAUCAAGAAAACAGAGCAGACGAUCUACAACGCGCUGCGCUCGAUUCACGACGACUCUCUGUUUGUGUCUGAGAUUCGCCAUUUGUGGCGUGAGCUGCCCUUGCUGGCCAAUUUGCGGUGUGGACUCUGGUAUUCAUCUGAUUUCGAUGGAACUUGCUACUUCAAAUCCACAGAUGGUCACAACGGAAACUGGUCAUUCAACACUGGCCGAAUGAAUCUCCAUGUCGCUAUGCUUGCAGCUGAAAGAGGGGGUUGCUUUAUUGUUGAUGCCACAAGGAAAGGCAAGCGUUUCCCUGACGCUAUGUCCAAGACUAUACCAAUAUGGGCUUGUGUAUUGAACCGAGCACUCGCUGACUAUCGCAGUCUUCACGCGCAGGAGAUGCUGGAUCCCUCAGCCGAGCAGACUGGAAAUGGUCACCUUGAAAAUGAUUCCCGAGGAGGAGGUAAAACAGGAAACUCAGACUUGGAAAAUGAUUGGGAUUGUUCACUGCACCUUCCCGUCUGGAUUUCUCACGUCGAGAAGGGUAACAUAGAAAGCCGCAUACAGAGCUGGGUGGAGUCCUUGAAGUCUACCGUUGUUGAUUUGGAAACCCUAGCCAAAACCUUGAAGAAGCCUUUACGACCCCUUUGGAUAUCGCAGAGCUCAGUCAUCUGGUUAAAUGAACUUCCAGAAGUAGAUGAGUGGUCAUUCACUCCAAUAAUUCUUGUAUCUGCAUCUAGGCCAUCCAUAUUCACCCAGAGAUACACAGAUGAAGACUUUAGUUGGAGCUAUAUACCAGGUGCUGCAGAUGACGAAGAAAGUUGGGCAAGGGGUUUAACUCCAGCUCUUUUCUGGACACAUUAUCUCGAUAUUCUUGAGGGUGGCCCCACUACUUGCAAUGCAAAAGUAGCUGAAAUUGUGGAACGAGAUCGUGUUUAUAGGGCACAGCGAGGGAUCCAAGCUCCUCAGGUACGAGUGAAAUCUGGAAGAUUUGGGAGUGAAAUCUCCCAAUCAGCAGAUAGAGAAUGUACUCAACAUGAGACAGCUUUGGACUUAAUGAUCCGAAAUGGCCCGGCGGAGGGAGACGGAAGGGCUUUUAGAGCAGAAGGCGAACCAACUUCGGAAUCUUGGUUUAUCAGGAAAGCUUCGCUGAAUUUGAAAGGAUUCCAUUGGAUUGGCAAUACUGGACUUGCAGUUGGCAACGAAGAUUGUGGGAACAGAGAUGACAUCUUUGGAAUGGUUGACUGCGUAAUAAACUGCGGUGCUUCAUCGAAUCCGACUUGUCGUUCUCGAGAGGAGUCAUAUUUAUAUCUUCCAAUUGUGGGUUCAAAAAUUGAUCGACACUCUUUGCAAGAUCACCUACAGGAGGCUCUGUCCUUUGCAAAGCAGAAGCUUAGUUGUCAAAAGACUGUUUUGAUCUAUUGUUCCACAGGUGAAGAUAUCAGUGUUUGUGUGUGCCUGGCAGUUCUCCUCUCCUGCUAUACGACCACAGGAGGAUACUCAGGUUCUUCAAACAGUGAUUUUGUGGUAACCAAAUCUGCGGUAAGGCAGCAACUGAUAUACCUGUCUGCAUUCAACUCUGAUGCUCGACCUUCUAGAGGAAGUUUGAGACAAGUAUUUAACUUCUUCAAUCCAAACGUCGAGAGAGUCUCUCAAGAUGUGGAUAUUGACUAGCUAUGUGGAACUGUGAUCAUCAUAAAGAGUUCAAUUCAAAGCUGUGCUGGGCAAAUUGAGCAGUUUUGUACCAUUUAUACACCAAAUCUCUUCAUCCACUUUCAACUCAUCUCGCCAUCUUGCUCAUGCUCUAUGCUGACAAUACACGAAUGACACUCAGGUGCAACUGCUGGAGGUGCUGGCCAUACCAUGCUAUGUUUGGCCAGGACCUCCAGCAAAUACUUUUAAUAUGGAACCAAAUCGAACAACCAUGGUAAAUGCAUGGCUGUAGAAAAGGUAAGAAGAGUAUAGUAACAUGGACGGGACAGCCCGUGAAGUCGUAUUGAGAUGAAACCUUUGGGUAGUAAAGGGCUAGGCACCAACAGUAUGACGAUAGGAAUACCCAGGAAUGUUGUCAAAAGAUGAAACCAAAAUGGGGAGGAUGGUUCUAGUUCAUAGUAGCAUCACGAUCGGAAGGUCUAGUGAAGUUUUGUAAGUAUGAAAUCAAAUGGGUAGAUGGGUCUAGGCCUCAUAAUGUCAUAUUGCGCCUAAGAUGCUUAUAUGCUAAUUAUUUAGGUUGUAUGAUAAACACGGUGCAUUAGCAUAUGAAAAUCCAUUCAUGUGCAUAAACCAUCCUGUUAGAUGGUGACGGAGGGAAAGUCCUGGGCACAAACUCACCAUGUGGAUACAUGUCUUUAUUAUUGGGCAGAGUCGAGACUGUUUCGAUUGACAGCCAGUAUGUCGGAAGAG